UGCACUGCUCAUCCUUUCGGUUUUGUCAGUGUAUGGGAAUGCUGGACAUCAACACACAGAGAGGGAUUCGGCCGAAAGCACUCCUCCUCGGUGUCUGAACCCUGCUGCUUUCACCCCCGGUUGGAAGAUACAGAUGUCAGAAGCCGAGACAGACAAGGUAAAAAUUAAACCAGCAGAUAGUUUUGAACAUGAGAAGCAAAAUAUUUCUUGGCUGAAGAAAGAACUGGACAGCCCCAUCCCACAGCCCCUUGGAGAUUCAGACAGCUGCACCAGCUCCCUGCCUCUCCCGGCGCUCCCCGGGGUGACGCCGAGCAGCGAGGACCAUCCAGAUAACCAGCUUACAAAUGAAAAACAUACAGAUGAAAAGCCUAUGAAAGGUAUUGUUAUGAGUUCUGUCGCAGAAUUCAGCAUCACAGACACUUCAUCAAAGGGUACCAAAAAGGAGAAGAAAUUGUCAGAUGCAAGCACAUCAUCCAUUGCUUCCCUGGAGAAAUGCAGAGAAUUCACUUACAUUGAAGAUGAUGCAUCAGUACAUCAGAGAGACAGUGACGAUGAAUGCGCAACACUUAUCCUGGCCUGCUUGUUCUGCCAAUUUUGGGACUUUCUUAUAAUGCUGCCUGAUACCUGUGAACAUUGGCUGACAGAUACCUGUUGUCCAUCCAAUAGAUACUACCAGACGUCCAACGAAGACCAUGCCAACAACGACUGCAACUGUGACUGUGACAUUGAUUGCAGCCUUUUUGAGUCCUGCCACGAGACUGGUGAAUGCCUGGAACUUGCCAUGGAGAUUUCCGAAGUCUGCUAUCGCUAAUAGGAAACUAAGUGACAAAAUUCCUCAAAACUGCCUGAAAAUGAGCUGACAGAGUACAAAGGAUUUUUUUUUUUUUUUAAGAUAACAACAAUAAUAACCAGAGUGUUUGCCAACCAGGACUAUGUGCAUCAUGCUGCUCCCACCCUGGAGGUCCGUAUAUGUGUACCAUUCUGGUUGUAUGAUUUCACAAACUGCUGAAACCAAUAAAGGGCAAAAAAGGGUCUUCUCCUUUGCCAUAGACAACAACAGAAUUCCUAAGUGCCAAGUGUGCUCGAUGCUUUACCCACUGUCAAUGCAAGGCUUUUAUAAACCUCUAAUUGCUUUAAACAUGGAUUUCCCCAUUCAUAAACACAGGACAAAUUAGGACAUUAUUUUAGGACUGAUAUAUCUUAGUUCAUCUUCCUAAUG